AUGCCGGGCCUUGACCCCUCCAUAGUGCAACAUCACCUGCCCAUUUUACCACAUGCUAGUCCCGUUAAGCAGAAAUUGAGGAAACUAUACCCUCGAUGGAGUUUGCAGGUUAAGGAAGAAAUUCAGAAGCAACUCAGUGUUGGCUUCUUCAAGGUUAGAGUUUGUGUUGACUUUCGAGAUCUGAAUAAGGCCAGCCCUAAGGAUGAUUUUCCCCUCCCACACAUUGAUAUGCUGGUUGAUAGCACUGCAGGGCAUCUGAUGUUGUCCUUCAUGGAUGGCUUUGCUGGAGAUGUCGAGGUAUAUGUGGAUGACAUGAUAGUGAAGUCCCGAGACAGGACAGAUCACUUAGCAGCCUUACAAAGGUUUUUUGAGAGGAUUAGACAGUUCAAGCUGAGAUUGAAUCCCAAGAAGUGCACCUUUGGGGUGGCUUCUGGAAAAUUGCUGAGACACAUUGUUAGUGAGCGAGGUAUAGAGAUUGAUCCAGAGAAAAUCAGAGCCAUACUUGACAUGCCUGCCCCGAGGACUGAGAAAGAGAUCAGGGGAUUCCUAGGUAGAUUGCAGUACAUCAGUCGUUUCAUUGCUAUACUGACAGACAUUUGUGAGCCUAUCUUCCGCCUUCUGAGGAAAAAUCAGCCUACAGUUUGGAGUGAUGAUUGUCAGCGCACUUUUGAGAGGAUUAAGGAGUGUCUCCUUUCUCCUCCGAUUUUAGUGCCUCCCAUACCGGGGCGUCCUUUGCUUCUGUACUUAUCAGUUUCAGACAUGGCCUUAGGAUGCAUGUUAGCUCAGCUUGAUGAUUUGGGGAAGAAGCGUGCCAUCUAUUAUUUGAGUAAGAGGAUGCUUGAGUAUGAGUGCAAGUACAUUAUGAUUGAGCGUCUUUGCUUGGCAUUGGUUUGGGCCACUAGGAGACUUAUACAUUACAUGACAAAGUAUUCUGUGCUCUUGGUCUCACGAUUGGACCCGUUGAGGUAUCUAUUUGACAGGCCUGUUCUGACCGGUAGGCUCAUGAGAUGGCUGGUAUUGUUGACAGAGUUUAAUAUUCAUUAUGUCACACAGAAGUCAGUAAAAGGAAGCAUUGUUGCAGAUCAUCUAGCUUCUUUGCCGAUAUCCGAUGACAGAUCGGUUGAUGAUGAUUUCCAUGAUGAGCAGAUCAUUUCAAUGACUAGUAUUACGGGAUGGCGAUUGUACUUUGAUGGUGCCGCCAAUCAGUCGGGGUUUGGCAUUGGUAUCUUGUUGAUAUCACCACAGGGUGAUCAUAUCCCCAGAUCAGUCCGGUUAGCAUUUUCUGAUCAUCACCGAUUGACGAAUAAUAUUGUAGAGUAUGAGGCUUGCAUUACAGGUUUGAAGACUACACUUGAUCUUGGCAUUAGACAGUUGGAGAUCCACGAGGAUUCCAACUUGGUUAUAAAGCAAACUCAGGGUAUCCGGAGGACAUGGGAUGAGAAGUUGAAACCCUACCAUGCUUACUUGGACCUAUUGAUUGAUAGAUUUGAUGUGUUAAGGUAUAUACAUCUGCCCAGGGCGGAGAAUCAGUUUGCCGAUGCAUUAGCCACCUUGGCUUCUCUGAUUAUGAUCCCUGCGGGGGUGAAUGUUAGGCCAUUGUUGAUUGAGACUAGGUCUGCACCAGCUUACUAUUGUCUGAUUGGAGAGAUAGAGGAUCAGAUAGAGCUGCCAUGGUAUCACGAUAUUUAUCAGUUUCUGUCAUGCGGCGCUUACCCAAAGUCAGCCUCGGCCAAGGAUAGGAGAGCAUUCAGACAGUUGGCCACCAGAUUUGUUGUUUGCGAGGAUGCGCUGUAUAGGAGAUCACCUGAUGGCUUGUUAUUAUUAUGUCUAGACCGUGCAUCUGCAGAUCGAGUGAUGAGAGAGGUUCAUGCAGGGGUCUGUGGCCCACACAUGGGAGAUUGUUGCCAGUUUGUACAGAGAUGUCAGGAGUGUCAAAUGCAUGGAGACUUGAUACACGUGCCACCUUCUGAGUUGCAUGCACUUGCAUCCCCUUGGCCGUUUUCAGUAUGGGGUAUUGAUAUUAUUGGGAAAAUCUUGCCCAAGUCUUCUAGUGGGCAUGAGUACAUUUUGGUUGCCAUUGACUAUUUCACUAAGUGGGUGGAAGCUGCUUCUUAUGCUAGGUUGACAGCGGCCAGAGUGGCCAAGUUCAUCAGAUCGCAUAUUAUCUGCCGAUACGGGGUCCCUCAUGAGCUAAUCUCAGACAGAGGGGUGCAUUUUAAGGGCGAGGUGGACACGUUGAUUCAAGAGUAUGGCAUUCAGCAUCACAGAUCGUCUGCGUACAGGCCGCAGACUAACGGGGCAGUUGAGGCCGCAGUGUUACCUGUUGAGAUUGAGAUGGGAUCUUUGAGAGUAGCACUAGAGCAGCAUAUAUCUGAGGCCGAGUGGGCCCAGUCUCGUUAUGAUCAGCUUAGCCUAUUGGAUGAGAAGAGAUUGACGGCGGCAAAUCAUGUUCAGGCCUAUCAGAGGAAGAUGACCCGUGCAUUCAGAAAGAGGGUCAGGCCUAGAAAAUUCCAAAGAGGUGACCUAGUCUUGAAAGUCCUUAGGGGAUUGAUCAGUGACCCUAGAGGCAAGUUUAGACCGAGUUGGAGCGGGCCUUAUGUCAUCCGAGAUCUGACUCGAGAGGGAGCUGCCUGGUUGAUAGACCUAGACAGAAAUCAGUUCACAGAGCCAGUUAAUGUGGAUCAGUGA